AUGGUAAAGAAAUCAGACAAACCAGCCUCAAAAUCCACAUCCAGGUUAUCUAACCACGAAGAACUCGGUGCAGACAACAACAUUAAAGAAGGUAGCAAGAAGAGUGUAUCUAAAAAUGAACUUAAGUCUGAAUCAGUUGCUACUGUUAAUAAUGAUGCUAGCGAGAAUGAUGCUAAGUGCCCGCCAUCUGGCAAAGUGACGUCAUCGUCGUCAGUGGCUAUGACGUCAAAACUGAAUAAGUGUGACGUGGAAGCGAGCAAGCCGUGCGUACAGUGCGCCGGUUUGAAUGACGAUGAUGACAAAUUUGACGUCAUCACCGAAUUCUACAUUAGAGGCUGGAAAGCUGACGGAAAUAUGAUGACGAUACUUGUGCUAUGCUGGUCCAUGCAACAUUCUCUUCAUACUAUCGACACCUUGUACCUGGAUUACAAUCCAAUCUGUUCUGGGGGUGAAUGGAGCAAACUCAUUGACAACAGCAACCAAAUUCGCCAUCUUUCGUUACGUCACAACGACAUCAGCGACGAAGUAUGUCGUGCGAUCGGAUUGGCUCUUGGUUCUCUGGCCGACAACCAAUCAAAUUUGAGGCUAGUGUCCUUGAACCUGUCCGGCAACAAGGUCACUGACUUGGGCGCCGAGUUCAUAGCCAAUGGCUUGAAAAGAAAUAGGACUUUAUUAUUUCUGGAUCUCUCCAGUAAUUUAAUAUGCGACUAUGGAGCCCAGAAGCUAGGGAUGGCCAUCUCGAAAUUUUCGCUAACUACAGAGGAAGGUCUGGCAAGGAGGAAGUUCAUUUGGGAUGCAAUCCAUAUAUACCCGACGAACAAUAAAAUAACAAAUAAAAGUAAUCUCCAUAGACAGUCGAAACUACCAAAGAUAUCAAAUCAGAGAGUGAUAAUACAGGAACUACAUCUUCGUUAA